GGAUGAUGCUGAAGCAGGCUGAAGCUGCUGAAACCUAAACCAACCGCGAAGUGCAGGUGUGCAGUGUGCCACCAUCGCUACCAUGUUCUAUGCGCCCUAACGUCAUGGUAGGCGCUUCGUCGGUGCUGAAAAGUCGUCGUAAAUGUGGCUAAGGCUGGUAUUGUGGCCGGCGUGACAUGCGCCCCAGCCGAAGAACUUCGAAAUGCAUGUCCGUGCCAGCAGCAACGACCUAUCGUUUGGUGGAACUAUGAGCCUAGCGACAAAAAACGAAGUAGAGUGUAAGUGGAAGGAUAUGCCAAAUGGGGCAUCCACUGUGCCUGCCAGUCGGUUUCACAGCUACCAUGGACGUAACCUAAUUUUGUGUGACAACAACAUGGUUGCAUACCGCAAGACAAGCUUUGCCCAUGCCUUGGCGUUCUCUGAGCAGCCACUGCUUCCUGGUGAAAUCUUCCUCCUUGAGAUAGCACAAAAUGAGCGAGGAUGGAGUGGCCACAUGCGACUUGGCCUAACGCAGCAUAACCCAGGUCGCCACUUCCCACUGCCCCAGUAUGCUUUGCCAGAUUUAGCCAACAUGGGCCACUCCUGGGUUUUUGCCAUUCACAACUCUGAAAUGGACUCUGAGCAUCUUGGCAGUUCACCUUAUGAACGGCUUGACCCUUCCACAUCAGUUUUAGGCACUGGUGAGCACAUCUACACAAGCCGGGGUGUUGUCCCCCGAAGCAUGUUGCUUCCGACAAAGCGACCUAGGGUGCCUGUGGGGGGCGAGGACAGUGUCACAGACUUCUCUGGUGAAGGGACUUCCAUCAGUUCUGGUCCUGGAAGUUGCGGAAAGUCAAGCAUUCUUCCAACAGACGUUGGAAGUCGAAUUGGUGUUAUGUAUGUGACCAGGGGUCAGUCAGCUGAUAUGCACUUCAUUAUCAAUGGGGAAGACCAGUUGUACGCUACAGAUAUCCCUCACCAAGAUGCUCCGCUCUAUGCUGUUGUAGAUGUCUACGGCACCACCAAGCAUGUUCGCAUUGUGCAGCUUUAUGGUGUGGUGGCAUCUUUGCAGAGUGCCUGCCGUGAUGCCAUCCUUCAACAUAUAUCAAGCUGUGCUGUGAGGACUUUGCCACUUCCACGCAAGCUCAAAGAGUACCUGUGUUAUCACUCAUCACGACCACAGUAAGCACUUUGCAGUGACUGCAGCUGAAGACCACUACUUCUGCCUCAUAAUAACAAAAAAAAUCCUCGAUAAUAUCAGAGCUUCUUCUCAAACAAGUUGUUGUUGUUGUUGUUGUUGUUAUUGUUUUAGAUAGGAUUGAGCCUAUGCAAUUAUUGUCAUGAAGGCUUUCUCCCCUGUGUGCCAUGCAAUCAGGCCAUCUUUUGUUAUAUGUCUAGUAUUGAAUUGUUUCACAGUGUUAUGAAGUCUGUUAUUUAUCUUGAACCUAAUAAAGUCCUAGACUCUGCACAGUUACUAGUGUUCGUUUUGUAUGGUUGCAGUUAGGUUUUGAGAUAUCUUUAUCAUGGUCUGUCACACUUUUUGAGGUGGUGGUAGCUAAAAGAAAAGGAAGCACCAACCCACCAAUUUUGUUAACAUUUCUGUUCUAUGGACUUGCACUACGACCGUUUGAAUCGUGUUUGUAUGUGUGGGCACCCGUAAGUCAAAAUUUUUUCCACAUUGUGACCAGUGAUUGUUGUGCAGAGUAUUCUGCAGCAUACUUAAUAAGUCUAUUGUAUUUUCAUAUGCACUACAUUACCUAAUAGCUUAGCACCAAUUGCUAAGCAUGUGUAUUAUGGGAUUUUUCCACUGUAUACCCUUGUAGGGGCAAUAUAUGAGGUGUGUCCAUCCCUCAUUGUAUCUCUAAUCAUGCUUUGUAGCAUUAUUAGUGAACUGAAUGUUAAAUGUUGCUCAGCACUGUGCUGAAGAUUAAUGGUUUCAGGCUAUUACUGAAUACAGUAAAAUGUAGGCAGUAAAAGGCUUACGGUGAUAAAUUUUAUGGAGAAAUAUUGUUGAAUAUUAUAGUUACUUGUAAUAGCGAAAUAAGUUUCUUGAAACGCUGUGGAAAUAGUACAUUGUAGUCUUGUCUCCUACUCAUUCCUGAUGUUUGUAGAAUUGUGUGUGUUGACUGCAGAUUAUAAAAUUCAUACUGUUACACCUGUUAUAAGUGAUAGUAGAGGGUUUAGAAAAUUUAGGUGAAAUUAGUAUGUACCAUGUUUAUCCGCAUGCCCAUAUUGAAAUCUCUCACUGUACUUUUCUUUUUUCUCACUUGCCAUGUUCACUCCUGACCCUGGAUAAAAAAUUGUUACUUAAAACUUUUGCUCUGCAUAAAUGAAAGGCUUUUGUGUGUGUUUGUUUUUGUAGAUAAAGUCUCAGCACUUAAGUGAUAUCUCAGUUGUUAUUCUGAGCUGCUUGCUGAAAUGUGCCAACAUAUUUAUAUAUUUACAGUGUGAUGCCUUUGUGUGUCAGUGCUAGCCAAUACUAUUUAUGCCUUUUAUGUUCAUUUAUGUAUAUAUUUGAUCCACAGAGGCCGGUAUAAUGAUAUUGUGGUUGUUUCAACUUUAAAGUCUGUGGCUUCUGUAUGCUUGGGAGGUCACACGCUACAAUAGUCUCGCACAGGGCGCAUUACUUCAGCUUUGUUAUAGUGCCAUGUAAGUUCUGUGACAUGUCAGGUGCAUAGUAACAGGCACUACGAAACAUCACGUAAACCAAUACGAGUUUGCAUGAUUAGAAUAUGCACUAUUGCUGGACGUCUUCUGUGUAGCUUGUUUGAAAGCAUCAAGCAUGUGUGUUUGCAACUUCAGUUUUUCAAGGAUUUUAUUAUUACCGAGGUAUUCACAUGAGCCGAGGUGUGAAUGAAUGUCCUGUAACUUAUGUAGCCUCAGUGUCUACAUGUAGCAGGUGUGGCCAUGAACAUGCCAAAAACAUUUUACACUGUAGCUUUGGUGUAACAGCAGUGUAGAAGGGCAGCCUGAAACAUAUCAUCUGGCACAAGGGAUCUUAUCUUUAACGUCUGUGAGCUGAUUUCUUUGAUAAGCUGACACAUGUGUCAGUGCUAGUGAUAUUGUUCGUAUGUGUGAAGUUGUUACAUCAUUUUGGUUAGGAAUGUCCUAUUUAUUAAACUCAGGCCAAUAUACUUUAGCAACACAGCAUAUAAUAUGUAUUGCGUCACUUGUGUUUGUCCACGUAAAACUGAAAGCCAUACUGGACUUUUUCAAAGAAUAACUUCAUUGCCAAGUAUUGGUACGAUGCCACUUUAAAUUGUGGGCAACAUGCUACUAUUUGUUCAGCUCAUUUUUACACAGUCAAAGGGAUGGGAAGCUGUUGUGGCAUUCAAGCAGCAGGUUGCAGCUACUUUUAAAAAGCAUUGUGUGCUUUCUUAUAGCUUGGAAGAAAAGGAGAUGUCAGGGAUAAUGCAUUGCAAACGACUAGCAGUAUCGUUUUCAAACAUGCUCUGCUUACAUUGUAUUGAUAUGUCCAGGAAGUUAAUAAUAAAAUUUCUAAUCACUAAUUAAUUAACAAGAAUAGAUAAGUACUCUAGGUUUCUUUAGGAGGUUACUGACAGCACACGCUUAGUUUUAUCUGCAAAGAAAGCUUAACAAUAUUAAAAAAAAAACACAAAAACUAGCUCCAUCUUAGCUGGGACAACCAGAAUAUAUGAUUCAGUUCUUAUUGAAUAUCAGGACCUAUGGUAAAAUAUUGGCAGUUGAGAAGCUGUUCAGUGGGAAAACUGGUUGUAAUGUGAAAUAGAAAUUCCACCAAUCAAAUGGUGCACAUAUGGGCCAGUGUUGUCUUACAAGCCUCAUUGGAGUACAUUUCCAUGUAGUCUAUGUCUACUUUCAUUGGAAUUAGUGUGGGCAUUGAUUGAUCAUGAUCGAAAGUGAAAUGAUAUAGCUUGUCAUGCAGCAGAACAAAAACCAGAAUUCACUUUUGUCAGCAUGUGUAACUCCCUCAUGGACAAUUUUGUUACAUUGUUAAUUACUUUGCUGCCAUAAAACCAAGCCAUUUGAUGAGGUGCACUUUUCUCACACCACACCUUUCAAAGAUGGGUAAAAAAAAGAGUGCACUCCUAAAACUGCUACAGUUAGAUAUCAAUAGUUAACUGUUGUCAGUACACAGUGGUAACCUAUCCAUAGGUACCAUUUGUACCCCAGCAGACAUGGCAUGUUGCUGAGACUGACUUAAUUUUUUCAGCAAUUUUUGUUGCAGACCCAUAGUAACAUUAGCCUGAUGUGCUUUGUUUAUGCUUUGCCUUGUCCCUCCUCAGUUUUCAAUACAUGCAUUUUAAGAUAUGCAUACUGAAAAAAAAAAAGGAUGAAUUGUUGCUGUGCCAUAACUAUCGAUAUUUGGCAUUGUGUAAAUUAACUGAAAAAGAAUGAUGAAAUUUAUUUUGUCAGAAAAAAAUAAAAAUGCUUUAAAGUAUACAUAUUUUAGGCAUGCCUUUUUUUAAUGCACAGUAUUUCUUGAAAUACACGUUUAGCUUUUAAUUGACUUAUUCCAUGUGUGAAGAGACGGCUGGCAAAACUGAACCCUUUGAUCAACGUAUGAUUGGGACAUGCAUUCUGAGCAUAUUCAUGCAUGUGCAUUUCUCACUGUAUGAAUAGUCUGCCAAAGGCUUUUUAGUCGCCAAACAAGACUGCACGAUGUAACUGCAGUUUGAAAUUCGAAUGUGUGUUAUAGUAAUUUUACAGGUGUAAUGUAGCAGUGAAGUGCAGAAAGGAAUGGCUCCCACGACUUCACAGUACCAGAACGGACUGUUUAGUAAACUUAGGUGGGGCCACACAAAAAUAAUUUUAAAGGCACCUGCUGGCAGUGGCUUCUCCACAGCGUGUUUUGAGUUCUUGGCCAUUGUGUCCACAUUUUAAUGAGGGUUUAAUGCAAGAAUGCUUGUUUACCAAGUUUUGGGUGCACUUCAAGGAACGCCCAAUUGGCAGAAUUAAUUUGCAGUCGCCAGCUACUGUGUCUCCAUAGCACCUGUCUCCCUAUGUAUGUCAACAUCCUUCUACCACAAUUUGGAAGGUGCAGACAUUAAAUGUAUUGCCAUUAUUUUUUAUUGCUGUCUUACAGUAGGAAAUACUACAGUGACAUUGUAUACACACUUUGAUCCUGUGGUCUGACAUUCAUUGCUAAAGGAGCCUUUCUAAUUUUUGAAUCUUCUGUAAAAGGCAGGUUCUUUCAGUAUACAAACUAAGAAUGCAUUAAACUAAAAAUUUUUUUCUCACUGCCACAGUUGAUGACCUAACAGGACAAGCAGCAUUUUGUCUGUAUGCUGUAUGUAUAGUCCACUUAGAAUAAGAUUAGCACAAGUCACCAUUCUGUCCAAUAGUUGCUAGUGCUAAUCUUUUUCUGCAGUGACCAUACAUACUGAAACAAGUACUAGUGCUUGGGCAUGUUCACUCUUGUUGGCUAUUUGAGUGGAAAGCUGCAAGGUUCAUGGCUGUGCUUAUGGUUCUCAAUAUGGUAUUAACAAUUACUCUAGCUUUCCAUUGCUAUUGGACUCGAGCAUUAUGAUCUUUUAUAAUUUCUUUGCCUUUUAUUUUUUUGUUUGAGCAAAUGUGUAUUGAUGUGGUGACCAUUAUUGUCCAUUGCUGACCAUUUUGCUAGGGUAGAAGUUUAUUUACUUUUUUUUCUCAGUUUGCUGGGCAUUCUAAUUCUGAUUUUUUGUGGAUGCAUCAUGUGUACUUAGAUUUAGCAUUCCUAAAUAGUGUGCUGUUGAGCUCUUCACUAAUCAUUAGUUCAAAAUGCACACUUCGAUUUGAGAUAUGCAGAAACCUGAGUAUGGUGGUGCAUGUGCACUUCACAGCAGUGCACUUUGGACCAAAUGUAUCAAAUGGCAUGCAGUUGCACUGUCACAUUAAUUUUUUUCUGACUGUGUAAUGCAUGCCACUAUAUGCAGUACUACACACUGCUUUGUUAACUGUUGCUAUCACUAUGAGAGCUAUAAAGAAACAAAGAGAGCAUGCCACACUUCAUAUAGUGAAUAUAUUACAUUCCUUUUGCAGGCAUUAUCAUUGGCUCAAGGAGCACCCCAUCUAUGUUCCCAAAUGCAGCUGGUACAGAGGGGUGGGUGAUGAAAAUGAAAUAUAGUUAAGCGAGAGGAAUCGGUGCAAUCAGAGAGUAUGAAUCAGUGCAAAGAGCAGUCAAGGUAGUGCAAACUUCAACUGCCCUUUGUGUGUGCCCUAUUUUUUCAGCGUCCAUGAAUGUGCCUAUUGUGAGGCGAAAUCCUCUUGUGGCCAUAUAUGUAAAUCAGCAUUUUUUAAUGUUAGAAAUAUGUAGUGGAAUCACUGCAUGAAUCCAGUUCUAAUGUUUGCGGCUUAAACUUGUAGGAUAACAAAGAAACUCGAGAAAAAGUCAUGGAGCAUGCAGUGUGCAGUGGAACAGAAAAUUAUGGAAGUAAUAUCAAGAGAUCGGAAAAAGUCAAAAUGGGUCAGAGAACAAACGGGGCUAGCCGAUAUUCUAAUUGACAUUAGGUGAAAGAAAUGGACUGGGGCUGGCCACAUAAUGCAUAGGACACAACAGGUGGUUAGUUAGAGCAACAGAAUAGAUACCAAGAGAUGGGGAAUGCAGCCGAGAAUGAGUUAGAUGGGAUUGGCGAAAUUGAAAAGUUUGCAGGAAUAAUAUGGAAUCGGCUCGCAGAAGAUAGGGUAAAUUGGAGAUCAUUGGGAGAGGCCUACGUUCUGCAGUGGACAUAUAGGCAGACGGCUAUGAUGAUAUACUACUAGUGCUGCAAUUUGUUCAAUUUUGGGAUAAAUCAGACACACUAAGUUUAGAAUGUCAACGUCUGUCAAUUUGACCUUAGCGAUAUCAAUGAAAUACAUUGAACUAUCUAGCUGGUCUAACUAACUCUUACCUUACAGGCAUUUGUAAUUUGACCGACUUCAUUGACAGCUUUUUGACAUGUUGUUCAAUAGUUUGAUAAAAGAUCUUGAAUGUUCAGUGCUAUGCGCCAUAUGAAAUGUAUGAGACUUCUAGUUUUGCUUGAUUUGGCAGUAUUGUGGGCAUUUAUCAGGCACUUCUUUAUCAUCUGUACAUUAUCAUCAUCACAUGGUGUUCUUUAUCAUCUUCGCUUGUGGGGACACAUCUUGAGAUUGUUGUGUGCCUUGGAUGUGAUCGGUUCGCCGAGUCGCGAAGGCCCAUUAAAAGGCGUGUCAACUGCUACGUCACAGUAUUCACUGCAUUGCGGAGCCACAGAAAAAUAGAGCGUCAACAAAAGGCAUUAUGAAAACUUUCCUAUUGGAAUUCUUACAUUUCCCUAUGAAACAACAGAAAAUGCACACUUUGGUUAACUUGGCCACAUAACUGUUAAAUGCCAGCAGCAGUGAUGAAACGGGAGCUUCCGUCUAUUGACUUUAUUUUCAGACAUUUACACUCUUUUAAUGACAACUCAAACAUUGGUACAUGCGCAGCAGUGUACAUUGUUUCGAUUAUAAUGUAUGACUGAGAGCAGUCAGCCCUCAGUUUCUUCCUGCAUUAAGUUGUAUUUACUCAUCAGCGUUUCAGCAGCAUAUGUACUAUACUCAUGGAACAAAAUGCAUGAAUUUAGGGCUAAUUAAUGUACAUACAUUUGUUUUGAUAUUCUUAAAAUAGUAUGAAGUCUAUGUAGUUUUGGCUAUUACAUUUCGAUCAGAGUUCCUACCAACCUGAUGGCGUGACACUGCAUUAUAAGUAAUGUUUAUUUGAUGUGUUACUUGAAAAUUCUUUUGUCAAUUUCAUUCAUUGAGGAUGGUAACAGUGACAAAUAGUUUGUGUCAUGUGAAGGUCUCCCUCACACAAGGGCACAUUGUUGAUUUCAGACUGACCUUCUGCAGAAAAGAUCUUGUACUUUCUGAACACAGCUUGUUCAAAUGUUAGUAAUACUGUGCAAACAUUUGAAGGCUGUAGCCAUAGGUCAGCAAAAAAAUUGGAGCUCACUCAGACUCACUCAAGAAAUAUAUCUUGCUCUGAUGGCUCACUCUGACUCAGACUCACCACAAUUUUCCUCAACCGGACUCACUCGGACUCAGACUCACUAAACUUUUUCUCAGCCGGACUCACUCAGACUCAGAUUCACCAGCACAUUACUCAGCCAGACUCACGGCUUGACCUAAGUCUGAGUGAGCCUGAGUGAGUCGACUCAUGAGUCCGUUAGCGUAAAACUUGCUUUUUUGAUCAUGAUGUCAAUGCUGUUGAACGCCAAUAUCUCACAUAAUUGGUGCUCUAUGAUACGCUAUUUGGCCUUGUACUGUCUUAUACGAGUUAUCAGUGGUUUCAAUCCAGUAAGGAUCUUUUUAUGAAAUACGCAACUCACACGUAAUAUUUAUGUGGUGAACUUCCCGUAGAAGAGUUUGUGGGGGUAAGUCAUGGCACCCCCACCUGCAACUCACGCCUCUAAUCAAUAAAUAUUGAGAUGGCACAGAUCACUAGUGCGUUGAGAUAUAUGUGAGUAGAGUUGAGUAUAAAGUUAGGCCUGUAUAAGGCUGAUAGUAAAACUGAACAUGAGUAGAUAGGACCAUAGGUCGGCAAUAACAAUUGGAGCUCACUCAGACUCACUCAAGAAAUAUAUUUUGUGCUUAGGGCUCACUCGGACUCAGACUCACCAAUAUUUCAUCAACCAGAAUCACUCGGACUCAGAUUCACCAAAAUAUCACUCACCCGGACUCACUCAGACUCAGACUCGCAGCCUGAUCUGAGUCUGAGUGAGUCGACUCAUGAGUGAGUUUGCCGACCUACGCCUGUAGCAUCACUUCAGAGUGCACGACUUGGGCAGCCUGCCUCUGGAGAUAUGCUGCUUGAGUAUAAGAGAGUUUAUAAUCCUCAACCUGACAAACAUCGUUUCAAGAGCUUGAAUAAUGCAGAAAAGUAAGAAAGCAAGUGUUUGCAGCAAGGAGUUUAAACAAACCAGACCUUCCCUUCAUAAAAUGGGUGUCUCUGUGGUGAGUAUUUAUAUACCACCAAAUCUUCAUAUAUAUAUAUUUUUUUUCUUUGUUGUUGAGUAAUUGAGUAACAAGAAGCAAAGCAUAUGUUUGUGAAUUAACCAGUUUUUAACCCUUAGUACUUUUAGUAAAAAUUGCAAAUUUCUUCCAAUCAUGCUUCUUGAAAUGCUCCUUUCAAACUUGAUGGAAGCAUUCCAAAUACUUUCUUGCAUUCAUAUAAAAGAAUGAUAAAGCUGCACUCCCCUAUGUGUAUCACAAUGCAAGUUGCAGCAAUAGAGCCUUCAUACAUGUAAAACAAUAAGACAAAGAUAACUGAAAAUGAGCAUUUUCCUUGUCAUGAGGAAAGUUAAAAGAAGAGCAUGGGGAAGAAAAGAAGUAAAGGUAUUGCAGCUAUAUUUGGCAAAAUGAUAAUUUGUUGUGAGCUGCUGUUUUCUCUUGAAGUAUGCUCGAGAAAACUUUCAGCAAAGCAUUGGUUUGGGCUAGUUGAUAAUCCGUCGCUAUCAGCUUUUUAGUGCAGAAUCUACAAUAAAGGCACAGAAACUAAAAAUGCAAAGAUGCUAACAAAACAUGUUACAAAAUGUGCUGAUGUUUACCGAAUGC